CGCACAGCCCAGGCAACAGUGCACAGCAUUUCGAAGGUCAGCUAGCGGGGUGUGGUGAAGAGCCCCUUGAGCAUCGGCGGCUUCUUCACGUUGGCUAUAUUGGUCAGACCGGGAUGUACCCUCCCUGCACACAUCCAUCCAUCCAUGCAUCCAUACUCAACAGCCCACUCUACUCACCUGCAGCAGCGACUGCUUGUUCCUCUUCCUGCGACACGUGCUGUGUGGUGGGUCCCGGGCUUUCGCUGCUGAUUGAGCUGUCGACGGGGUCGCGUCGCAUGGCCUCGUCCGUCUCGAAGUUGUAGUGGAAUGGGAUGCCGCGGAUGUCAUAGAAGGUGUGCCAGGCCGGCCCGCGCCACAGCAGCGUCACGUCGGCGUCGCGCCGGCUGCUGUCGAGCAGGGGGCCCUUCUUGCUGUAGGUGAUGCGACGGGGCCUCAGGUCCAGGUGGGGCGGCAGCUCCUGCACAGAGACAGACAGACAGACAGAGAGAGACAUGGAUGCACCUCACUGUGUUGUAGGGGUCAAGUCAUGUGUGUCAUACCUACCUUCACGUGUAUCAUUGCGUAGCAACGAUGGCAGAAGUUCUCUGCAUGUGUGACACACACAGAAGAGCCUCCGUCAGGGACAUCAGGCACGCGCACCUUCCUCUUAUAAGUGAGUGUCUAUGUGUUUCAACGAUCGCCCGACUGACCAAAAGUAUAAGUGCAUUGGAGUUUGGCCGGGAGAGUGAGGCACCUCGAGCAGGGGAUCAGCCGGACAGGCCGAUGGUUUCGCCGAUCCCCUGACGGACAGACAGACAGACAGACAGACAGAAAUCAUUCAGGUCCCCCAGUGGACCGUCGCUACCUUUGCCGUGUAUCUUAGUGAAGCACGCCUCGCAGAAAGAGUCAUUGCAGCCUUAUCAUCAAUCACACACCCAUGGGUGCAAUCCCAUCAAUCAAUGUGCACAGUGCGGGUCAUAUGACUCACUGGUGCAGAAUAUGGUGGCGACUUUGCCUGUCGUCCCUGCCGCCACUGCAUCCCCCUCAGCAGCUGGCUUCUCGAGCAUCAUGGGCCCGCCCGCUGCCGUGUUGUCCGCCGAUGCAUGGGGUGCGCACUCGACACACAUCAUCUGACCGCUAGCGAGGUCUGCGCUGGCCACAAAAAGGGGAGGAAAGGGGAUGAGGGGUCCAGAGACAUGAGGAAGGAGACACGUGCUGCUCUCAUUCACGUGAUGCGCUUACCGUCUAUGUUGGGUUCCUCGGUCUUGCCCGCCAGGAGGUCCUGUCAAUCAACCGAGGGAAGGAACCGAGUGUGCGAAGCUAGCACUGGUGAAAUGAGCAAGCGGAUAUGUGAUGAGCGUACGUGUAUCUCAUCUGCCUUGUCCCGCUCGAUGCUGCGGCCACAAGCACACACACAGACACACGGAAACGGUUAUUGCCGUGCGGAUGUGCGAGUGUCUCUCUGAGUGUCUGCCUCACUGACUCUUUCACUCACUCAAUGGCCUCGAGCAGCUGCACGACGUCCUGCUCCUCCACCUGCUGAUAACUGAGGCGUGGACACAACACACGGUAAGCCAGCCAAGCCAACGAUAUGUGUCUCUCUGCUGUGUGUGUCAUGCGCGCGGGCACCCCACUCAUCCAUCCGCUCGCUGGCUCACUGUCUGUAUUGGUGUGCGAAGUGCUUCAGGUAGGUCUUGAGUGUCCGACACACAUAUGGCUCCUGAAGUGCACACAGACAUCGGCAUACACGCAGAAAGGAGGUCGGUGCGUCCGUCCGUUUAUUUGUUCGCGUUGGCAAGUGACCCACCCCACCUGGACAAGGUCGAUUGAGAGUAUUUCGGCAAAGCUCAGCAGCCAUUGCGGGGACAACUGUGCAGGACCACACACACAGUAGAAGAGGCCCUUACACGUACAGGCAUCCAUCCCAUCAAUGUGUGGCCACCAGUGGGUGCUGCAACGAGCUGAUGGACAUCGACUCGGCCUCAAAGCUGGUCGGUCCAUCAAUCGACACACAUGCAGCAGUGGCAGUAAGUUAGUUAAGUCGUGCAGAUCAGAUCUCUAUGCACCGCUGACCUACCCACCUCCACAGCAUUCGUGUGAUGCGCAGCUUCAGGUGCUCCUCGUGGGUGGCGUGCCUGCAGUGCUCCAGCAGCGACUUGAAGUAGUCGAAGAAGGGAUGCUUCCACGUCGUCUGGUUUGUCUCGUUGUUCAGGUAACACACCUAUACACACACAGACUUACUUGUGGGUGUCUGUCUGUUUGUCUGUGGCUCUUGGUGGAUGGGUGCCUCUGUUUGUUGGUUGGAUGGCUUACGAUGCUGCCCACUCCCUUGUAUGAAGUCCAUGGUGGGGGCAGCUCCAUGCUGGCGAAACUCUCAACCACCUGAUCGGUCAUGGUGUGGUGUGUGUCUCUGUCCCACGACUGACGACUGCCCGUUUGACUGACCCAUUUGAAUGGUGCGUCGGCCUCGUCCAGGUCGGCCUCUAUGUACAGUGCCCACUCCUCGAUCGUCGGGCGGUUGCCCAGACAACGCAGCACAGGCUGAGUGGACGCUGAAUGAGUGAGUGAGUGAGGGGACACACACACACACACACACACAGAGAGAGAGAGAGAGAGAGGGGAGACAGACGGACGACGCUAAGUGCAUACGGAUGGUCCCCCUUUUCUUGCUUUGUUCCCUCGCCCUUUUUGAGUGUGUUUUGUGUGGUAGGGUCGGAGAGGCCCAUCAGGUAGAAGGGGUCGCCAUCCAGCUCGUCCAAAGCCUGCUCACAGACAGACAGACAGACAGAGACAGACACACACACAGGGAGACAGACACUGUGACACUCUGCUCACGGAGAUGCCCACUCUUCGGCCAUCUGCUUACACCCUCAGUGAGCAGCUUCUUCCUUUCCAGCAGCCGCAACGUCUUUGACCAAAGCUCGUCGACAUUGCUCGUCCACCCCUAGAAAGCCACGCAACACCACAGCGAAAAAAACAUUAACUGCGGUGUACGCUUUUUCUUCUUUGUGUCGUGCUGCCUUCGACUUCGAUGAUAUUUUCCGGCGUCUCAAAAGCUGUGCGGAACUCAGGAGCCCCCUCACCUAUAUCCAACCAAACACAGGAGAGAUGGACGCACGUGAGAGAGGGGGAUACAAGAUCGCAUCCCCAGACCCGCUGCCGCGCGUGUGCUUCAUGUAUGGCCUCCUCACCAGGUCUGAUCUCCAUGUACACGUAUGUCUUAUCGACAGGGUAGGAGGACAGGAAUCCCACAGGAAUGAGCCCCUCCGUCAUGCCAACACGAGCGGCAUCCUCGCUGGGAAACUGAAAUCGAUACGCCGGAUUCUCCGUCUGAUGCGUGGAAGAAGGCACCGACGCACAAACCAGCACCAAGCACAAUGGCCCUCAUCGCCCCACACUCCUGCAGUGGUUGUGCUGUGCUUACAUCGUGUAUGCGUCCGAACUGGACGACCUUGUGUCUGGGGCCUUUGCUUGGACUCGGUGACCGGCCGGCCGCCUUGGUUGAGGUGCCUGCUGCCUUCGAGGGACGUCCCUUGCGCAGCAUACCGUUCAACAGUUUCG